AUGCCUGGGGAUACGCCAGGAUACCUACCCAAGUUCAUCUAUGGACAGCUAUUCACUCGUUUGCCUAAACCUACGCGCUCGUUUAAAGGGAGGACGGUUAUUAUCACUGGGUCGGAUAGCGGUCUUGGAUUUGAGGCAGCGCGCCAUAUCAUCAAACUUGGCGCGAAAAAACUUAUCAUGGCAGUACGGUCCGUUUCAAAAGGAGAGAAAGCCAAGACAAUCCUGAGAAGAUCCACGAGAUGCGGCCCAUCUGUCAUUGAGGUCUGGCGGCUGGAUCUAUCUAGCUAUGACAGUGUGAAAGCAUUCGGCCUGCGCGCAACGACCGAGUUAGACCGAAUUGAUGUUCUACUAGAAAAUGCCAGCGUGGCCUCCCUCACCUGGAACAUAGCGGAGGACAACGAACAGAUGAUCACGGCGAACGUGGUGUCAACCAUCCUGCUAGCCUUUCUACUUCUACCAAAAAUGCGAGAAACGGCAAAGAAGUACAGCACCCGGCCCAACCUGACAUUCGUCGUCAGCGACGCGCAUAUGUUUAUCGAUUUUCCAGAGAAGGAUGCGCCCGAGGGGAUCUUCAAUCAUCUGAAGGAUAAGAGCAAAGCCAACUUGAGCGACCGGUACGCGCUCAGCAAGCUGAUGGAGAUCUUUGCGGUUCGGGAGAUGGCCGAGCGCCGCCCGCGCGAGGAGUACCCGGUUACCAUCAACAUGCUCAACCCCGGCCUCUGUGAGAGCGACCUAGCGCGCGAGGGAGGGAACUUACAAAUGAAAAUACUGAAGAAGGCUCUGGCGCGAACGGCGGAACAGGGCUCGCGCACGCUGGUACACGCAGCGAGUGCCCUCGCCGAUACGCAUAGCCACUACCUCAAUAAUUGCCAGGUGAGUCCGACUGCGUCGCUGGUGCAUAGCCACGAAGGCGCAGUGGCGCAAAAGCGCCUGUGGAGAGAAUUGAUGGCCAAGUUGGAAGUGAUUCAGGAUGGCGUGACGGGGAAAUUAUGA